UCAGAAUGUGUCAACUAAGUCUGAAAAAGUUAAAUUAACCAAUCAGACAUGCGAUACGCCAAAACAAGAUAAAAAUCUGUGGCUAGAUCAUGAUAUCCGAAACAUACGAACAAAACUAACAAUGCACAUUACACACCAACAACACUGGUUGAUUGACUAACCAAUGAAUUACAGACCAACAAAAACCAACCAAUAGUAAUUAAGUGCAUAGAAUAUAAGGUCGUUUGAAGAAAUUUCCAAACUAAUCUGUCUACCUCACGCUCUCGUGUAGAAUCUGCAUUUCGCAGCCAUUGAAAGAACACUUGCUAAUGAUUAAUACACCUCAAAAGUCGGGUAGUGCAUCGAAGCCACCAACAGAACCGUCGAAACAGGCGACAAACAAACGAUACGCAAUUGAGGAGGCGAAUGAUUUGACUGAGCUGGUAUUGAAGUAUCAAGAUGUUUGGAAAGGCAAGAGUCAGUUUUCUGCACUCAUGCAGAAACAUUUGUGGAUGCAAUUCUCACAAUAUCUACAUUCGAGAGGGUGGCCAAGAAGAAACUGGACUCAGCUGCGUCGCAAAGGCCAACACAUACUCAGAAAACUAGAUAAGACGACAAAUAAUAAACAUGCGACAUCGGAAAAUGAUCCUUCAAACCGCACGACGGUCUCUACUUCGAAUGCUAACCGACACAUGAACGAACAAAAUGACUCGGUUGUUACGAAUCAGUCAAAUAUGAUCCGACCCAAGUUGCCAACACUCACCCCGUCACCAGUGGUAAACACCACCCCAAAACCUCCCACUUUAUCACUCAGCCCUCCUACAAAUCAUGUGCAACCGAGUCUUCUGCACGCAACCGGUCCCAAAAUACUGAACGCGUUCUCGACAGCUCACGUGCCCCAACAUUUCGCGAUUUCACAGGAUUCUGGAGUACCUCAGUCAACCACAAACAACAUGGUCAGUGAGAUGACGUUUAACCGAGUAGCAAUACUGACUCCUGUUUCUUGUGUCACGUUCGGAGUUGCAAAUACCCCAACUACAGCCGUAUCUCUUCCUCCGGAAGUGAAUGUCUCGAGGUCAUCAUCUGACCAACCGAUUGGCGUUCCUUUGACCACAACAAUUGAUUUAUCAGUGUCAAGUGAGGAUGAAGAAAGCCAUCCAGAGUUGAGUGAAACUAGAGAUCAGGUGAACACAAACCAUGUUGAGGAUUCCGGUCAAAAGUCCAAGGAUUCUAUCAUGUCUGUAUGCGAAAAAAAUGUUGCAGCAGAGUUAUUGUUUCGCAAGCAAUUGAAAUGUCUAGAUUUGAAGAUUGAAAUUCUCCAAAUGAAGAAACAAUAUUGGUCUGAGAAACUGAACUUAUUAUCGAAAGGCUGAAUGUUUGGUAAAAAAAACAAAGGCAAUCUACAUAUAUGAAUAAUACAUGUUUACUAACUACUUACUCCAUGUAAAUAAGUUCUGAUUUAUCUGUUUGUGUAAAUAAAUGAACAUUUUUCCUGUCUUUAUCAUCACAUAUUAUCUUGUCGUGUAAAAUGUGUCUGUGAAAUGGUUGUUUAUCUGUUAGUUCUUUUGAUUUGAAACUGUUUGAAGUUAAAUAAAUCAAUACCUUAUGUCAAAUGUUGAUUGCUUGACCACCACAUUGUUCUGUAUUGUACAUAUUCAAAUUUCAAUGUUGGUUUUGUAAAAUCCCCCCCACCUUUUAUUAUAUCAUUGAAUUGAUGAAUGUUAGAAGCAAUUGAUUGUAUAGAAAAUGGAUGAUAUUUGACUUAGAAUGCUUAAACUAGAC